AGCAAAUGAAGGCAUUUAUGUGUGAUUGAGCAUAAUUUAGCCAUCACAAAAAGGUGGGGUGAUGACUCUGAGUUUCUAAUUUUUCUGCAGAAAGCACAAAAGCUCUGUAUUUGGUGUGGCUGAGGGUAGAAGGAUUCUUUUGAGAGAGCUCUGCAAGUUCGAAAGAAUAUCCAGCAGAAGAUACAAAUUCUACAAUGGCAUCUGGCGCCGCAGCACCUGUCUACAGCGACCCCUUACCAUCAGGUUGUGGAACCCUGCGCAGUUUUCCAGAUGCGCUUAUGAUAUGUGAAUUUGUCUUUGGUGGCCUGGUUUGGACUUUGGUAGCUUCUACUACAAUGCCUCCUGACUAUUCAUUAUCGCAAGGAUGGGUUAUGUUUGUGUCAAUUGGCUGCUUUGUAUUUACAACUGCUUUUAUGAUAUUGUAUUGUGUUGGAGCCCAUGGACAAAGACCCUCCUGGACAUCUCUGGAUGCAUUUUACCACUCCUUUGCUGCAAUGUUCUACCUUAGUGCUUCUGUGCUGCAAGCUAAUGCGACUGUGUUAAUGGGUUACAUAUACACAGGGCCCACAUACCAAGAAAACGUUGCAGCUGUGGUGUUUGCCUAUUUAGCAACGACAUCUUACGUGAUCCACGCAAUUUUCUCUUUAUCAAGAUGGAAGAGAUCUUAAUUCCAAAAAGAUAUUUUCAGUGUAAACUACAGAAAUCAUUUAUCAGUUUACCUUACUGUAACUGCCAUUAAUGUUACAAUACCAUUAUGUGUUACACUAGAAGAACUUCUUUUACUGCCCCUUAUAGGAUCCCUGUUUUGUAUACAUUGAUGCAAUAAAAUACAUAUUAUGUAUUAUGAAAACAUA